AAACAGUGAGAUCAUGACCUGAGCCAAGAUCAAGAGUCAGAUGUUUAACUGACUACGCUACCCAAACGCCCCUGGGUGACCUUUCUAAACACAAAUGUGAUCAUGCCUAAAACCUUUAGUAUCCCUUGUGUUCAGUCAGACUUCUGGCUGUGACCUAUACGGCCUUUCCUGAGCUGGCCAUGCUGCUGUUGGCUGACCCUAGUCUCCUUCCCUUUCACAUCUUAGUCAUGUGGGCCUUGCAUGGAGCUUGGGGCACUGUGCACACCUCCCACCUCCAUGACCUUUGCUCACUGUACUUGCUGUUUCUGGAAUGCUCUAGUUCACAUUUCCACCUACAGGCCUCCCACUUAAUCCAGGGUGAGGGUAGUCUUUCCUUUACAACUAGCAGGCUGUGUGGAAAGGGCUUCUUUGCUCUUCUGUUCAUACUCUGAAGCACUCCAUGUCUUAAUAGAUUCCAACAUCUGUUCAACUGUGGAGUUGAUAACCCAUUAUCCCACUGGAAAAAGAUGAGCAUUAUUGCUUCCACUUUGUAGGUGAAGUAACAAGUUUAGAAAAGGUUGCUGAUUUGUCCAGGCCAAAGGUUUGCACAGAGAAGACUCGAAGCCACAUGCCAACUCCAGACUUCAUGUACUUUCUGCCUUUGCACUAUCGUUCUAAGAACAUGCACUACACACCUCAGAGUGGCAAGUUCUGGGCUACGUGACCACAAACACUGGAGACAGAAGCAAGGUCCAUACCCUGUGCUCCUCUGCUAAGGACUGGACCAAAACGUCCAAGAAGGGCUCCCCAACUGAUCCUGCUGCUCUGGGGCCCCCAUCUUCCCAUCGUUUGCACCCCCUUGCCUCCCCACACUCCUCUCGACUGCUUCCCCUGCCUGUUCCACAAUGCCUGGGGUAGCUUGGCUGCUUUACUCUGCGCUGGUGCUGCUCUUGCUGGCCCUGCUGAGGGCUGUCCUGCUCUUCUGGCACCAUGCUCCAGCGCGGAACAAGAUCCCCAGGGCACAGAAGCGUAGGGUGGUAGCUUUGCAGCAGAUGGAAGCCCUGGCACAGCGUCUCCGGCAGCAGGAGCCAUCCCUGGACCCCAAGCCCAUCUUGGAGCUGCCCCUGGAGACGCUGGCCCAGAAGCUGCGGGAUGAAGAGCUCAGUCUGGAGAGUGUCCUCUGUAGCUACUUAGAGGAGGCACUGAAGGUACACCAGGAAGUGAAUUGCCUGACGGAUUUCUUGGGUGAGUGUGAGGAGCAACUGCAGGCAUUGAAGAAGCUUGGGAAGACUGAGAGAGGCCUUCUCUAUGGGGUCCCCAUCAGCCUCAAGGACCCCUAUGACUGCAAGGGCCAUGAUUCUACGUGUGGCCUGGCCCAGUUCCUGGAGAAGCCAGCGGUCAAGGACGGAGUCAUUGUGAAAGUGCUCAAGGCUCAGGGAGCUAUUCCCUUCGUUAAGACCAACAUCCCCCAGACACUGUACAGCUUUAAUUGCAGCAACCCCAUCUAUGGACAGACUCUGAACCCUCUGAACUUAAAGAAGACACCAGGGGGCUCCUCAGGGGGUGAAGGAGCCCUGCUGGCAAAAGGAGGUUCCAUUCUGGGCAUGGGUACUGACACUGCUGGCAGCAUCCGCGUACCAGCCAGCUUUUGUGGUAUCUGUGGCCUCCGGACCACAGGACACCGCCUCAGCUACUCUGGAGUUGUCUCUCCUGUCAAGGGCAUUAAAUCAGUGACUACAGUGGCUGGCCCCAUGGCCCGGGAUGUGGAAAGCCUGGCCCUGUGUCUGCGAGCCCUGCUAAGUGAAGACAUGCACCAACUGGACCCCACUGUGCCUUUCAUGCCCUUCAGGGAGGAGGUAUACUCCAGUAACGAGCCCCUUCGAAUUGGCUAUUGUGAAACAGAUGGCUUCACCCAGCCAUCUCCUAGCAUGGCCAGAGCUGUGAGGCUCACCUCCAGGCUGCUCCAGGAUGCAGGACAUCAGGUCAUCCCCUUUACCAUCCCCUGUGUAGAGUAUGCUGUCAAACACCUGUUCAUAGGGGGUGUGUUUGGCGAUGGAGGGGCCAGCGUUCUGGAGAAGGUUGAGGGGGACAUUGUGGACCCUUGCAUAAAGACACUGAUCAGCCUGCUCCACCUGCCAGACUCACUCAAGUGUUUUUUGUCCUGGAUCCUGAAGUACAUAGAUCCCCGAGCUAGCCAGAGUUUUGAAGAGAUCCGUGGAGUGGGGACUCCCAAGAAGCUGUGGGAGCAUCACAGUGCAGUGCAGGAAUAUCAGCAAAAAUUCAUAGCCAAGUGGAGGUCCCUGGACCUGGAUGUGCUGCUGGUGCCAACUUUGGACCCUGCCUUCCAUAUAUGCUCUUCUGACGUGGGACUAGAUAGUAGCUCCUACACGAACCUGUACAACAUCAUAGACUUCCCUGUUGGCGUCGUGCCGGUCACCACUGUGACGCCGCAGGACGAGGAGGAACUGGCCUUCUACAAGGGAUACUACGGAGAUAGUUCCGACAAGCAUUUCCGGGAGGCGGUACAAGGAUCCGUGGGGCUUCCUGUGGCUGUGCAGUGUGUUGCCCUGCCAUGGGAAGAAGAGCUGUGUCUCCGAUUCAUGAAAGAGGUGGAGACCUUGGUCAAGAACCACAGGGGAUCCGAGUGACCAGCCACUCCUCCUGGAGACCUUCAUUCUCGUCCAAGUCUGCUCCUGAUGUUCCUUCUCAUGAAUACCAUAUCUCCCUCACGUCUCCUCCUCCCAGAAGCCCACCACAUUCCUUUUCUUUGUUGUUACUCUGUGCAGGUACUCAAGAAAUGGACUCCUCACAUUGGCCCAAGAUGGGGCACAGGGUGAAGGGCUCAAUAAAUAUUUCUGACUGAU